AGAGGAGCUGGGGGAGGACGGUGGCCCGCGAGGCUCGUCGCAGACAACGCGGCGGCGAUGUCCGCGAGCCAGGCGAGUGCCGCGGCAGCAGCGGCGGGGCCUCGCACGCGGCAGGGCGGCCUGGGCUUCGGCCUCCCUCCGGUUCCCAGGAAGCGAGCUGGCGGCCAGCGCGGGACCAGCAGCAGCAGCAGAGGCGGAGGCACCGGCGCGUCUCUCUCCUCCCCUUCAGCCUGAGCCGGGGGAGGCCAGGCGGCCCGGGUGGCUGGAGGGGGGGGUCCGCUGCCCAAGAAUGGGAAUUCUCUUCACCAGGAUAUGGAGACUGUUCAAUCACCAGGAGCACAAAGUUAUCAUUGUUGGGCUGGAUAAUGCAGGGAAAACUACCAUUCUUUACCAGUUUUCUAUGAAUGAAGUUGUACAUACAUCACCUACAAUUGGAAGUAAUGUAGAAGAAAUAGUGAUUAAUAAUACACGUUUCUUAAUGUGGGAUAUUGGUGGUCAAGAAUCUCUUCGUUCUUCCUGGAACACUUACUAUACUAACACAGAGUUUGUAAUUGUUGUUGUGGACAGUACAGACAGAGAAAGAAUUUCUGUAACUAGAGAAGAACUCUAUAAAAUGUUAGCCCAUGAGGACCUAAGAAAAGCUGGAUUGCUGAUUUUUGCUAAUAAACAAGAUGUUAAAGAAUGCAUGACUGUAGCAGAAAUCUCCCAGUUUUUGAAAUUAACUUCUAUUAAAGAUCACCAGUGGCAUAUCCAAGCAUGCUGUGCUCUUACUGGCGAGGGAUUAUGCCAAGGACUUGAAUGGAUGAUGUCACGACUUAAGAUUAGAUGAUCUCUACUGACCUCUUCUCAUAGACUUUGUAUCAACGAAGUGCUGGACUUUAUCUGAAAGCUGCAAAAAUUAAUGGUUUAGAUAUAUUUAUAAUAAACUGAUUUAAACUUUUUCUAUAAGAAGAAUAAUUAAGACCACUUAUUUGAGAACAAAGAUGAAGUCUCAUUUUCCAAUCUGCUUUCUCAUUAGUCCCUUCCAAAGCAAGGUCUUUAAAGCUGUGAUUGCCAUUUUUCUCAUAAUGAAUCCUCUCAGGACAUUGUGUAGCCUGUGGUAAGUACAAAGGGAGAAGGAGACAUUUCUAACUUUAAGAGCUUUAUUGUCAGUAUAGGCCUCCCUAGUUGAAUGUUGUUCUCUUCUUGUUCCAUUAAGUCAGAAUACAAAUCAGCACAGAUAUUCAGUUUCCAAUAUUUUAAAAUGUAAGGUUACUUAUGAAAAGUAUUUUGCAUAAGGUUGUGUAUCUAUUGUGUAUAUACCUCAAGUUCAAGUUUAUGGCUUUGAUUUAUGUUCUGAAGAAAAGCAAAUAACACAAAAGGUAAUACUGUCCUUAGUUAUAACCGUAAUGAGAUGAGUACUGGCAGUGGUGUUAAGUGCCAUUUUGUGCUUUCCCCUGUGUUCUCUGUAUUGUACUAACCAACCCCCAAAAUGAUUGAACUGCUCUGAAAAAAAAAGAAAGAACGAACGAAAAAGAAAGAAAAGGAGAAAGCUCGACAUUUUGUACCUAUUUUUUUGUUGUUCAAAUUACAUACAUGAAAACAUGUAAUCUGAGUGGAGUAUCUGCAAAUUUUUGGCUUAGUGUUACGAAUGGACAGAAUUUCACAUUGAGCAAUCCUUGUUCCCUUUGUUGGAUCUAUGCCAUCUGAAUUACUGAGAAAAAUGUUAAUCCAUUAAUCAGUCAAUCAUUAAUUAUUAAAAUUAUCAAGUGAUUUUUUUUUCCCGCAUUAAUUGGAAGCUAUUGUGUAAAAUAUGCCUACCCAGAGAAGUAUCAUCCUAUAAAUAUUACAAAAUAAUUUACCUAGAGUCUUCUUAGGUAUUGAAUUAUACAAGCAUUUAGAGUGAGUUUGAGAUGAAAAGUACUUAUUUUCUAAGCAACAAAGGUUAUUUCUUAAUUUGAAAAUUUCUUAUUUCUGGAGUUGGGAUAGUUUGAGAUUUUUUUGUUUCUACACUUUUUUCUUUUUCACUUCUUACUAACCAACGUGAAUGCAUCGACAGCUAUAAAACACAAUUUUUUUAAUGCUUUUAAGAGUUUGGUUUAAAAAGUCGAUCAACACAUGAUAAAUUAUUUUUACAAAGAAGUAACUUGGCCCCAAAUAUCUUAUGUUUGGUUAGGGUAUUUUGUUUUUCACUGAAAAUGGAAAGAUAUGAAGGUUGAAGGUAUUUUUAUUGUAAUUGUAAACAGACUUAUCCUAAAUGUGUUCACACAUAUUUUUGGGUACUCUCUUUGUAUAUGUUUCAUGCCCUGAAAAUCUGAAGGCUGAUCCAAAGUGGCAUGUUUUAGAAUAUUCAAGAAGAGAAGUAACUACCUUUAAUAUGAGCCUUUUGGAUUUCACGCAGAUUUUGAUGAGGAGUAAUAGUAUAUACUACAAGCAUUGACAAAACUUUGAAAGUUUCUUUCUGUAAAAUACAAUAUACUCAGUAGCUAAAUCCAAGUCAGGCAUGGGAGAUCAGUGUUUAACAGUGGAUGUUUUGUGUUUUAUAUUUAUAUUAUAAUGUUCAUAAUGCAAGUAUAACAUUUUAAUAUUUGUCAACUUGCUUUUACAAAAGUAAAUUCUAAAUUACUAAGCUUUAUUUGUUCAUAUGUUCUCAUACUUUUCAAAUCACUAUUAGGAAUCACUUGUUUUAUAUUAAAAACUCCCUUAAAAACCCAA